GCCCUUGGACAGGCCUUAAAGGACAACCAUUCGCUGACGGAGAUGGAUCUAGGUUGCAACCGGGUUGGCGACGAUGAGGUUCAGGUUUUCGCGAUGGCCUUGAAGACCAACCGAAAGCUCAAGCAACUGGGACUCGGAGGCAACCUCAUCACGAAUGCUGGCGUGGAGGCCUUAGCAGAAGCCUUGCAAGUCAAUCGCACUGUGACUGAGAUUGACUUACAGUACAACGAAAUCAGCGAGGUCGGUAUGGAGGCUUUGCAAGACGCACUGCAGGUUCACAAGGCUCUGAAGCUGAUUGCAUCAGACAAGAAUCUCCGAUAUGGGGUCACGGAGGCCUCCCUUGCCACAUCGGCAAAGCAGGAGCCUGGCAGCAGACAAUUCCGAAUAUUGCCGCGCCUGGAG